AUGACUGGCGGAAUCACCGUGCGCGAUGUCGAUGCGCAGAAGUUCAUCGACUCGUAUGCUGCCUUCUUGAAGCGUCAGGGCAAGCUUCCCAUUCCCGGCUGGGUCGACACCGUCAAGACGGGUCCUGCCAAGGAGCUGCCCCCCCAGAACAUUGACUGGUUCUAUGUCCGCGCCGCCUCCGUCGCCCGCCACGUCUACCUUCGCAAGACUGUCGGCGUCGGCCGCCUGCGCAAAGUCCACGGCACCGCCAAGAACCGCGGCUCCCGGCCCUCCAAGCACGUCGACGCCUCGGGCUCCGUCGACCGCAAGAUCCUCCAGGCCCUCGAGAAGAUUGGCGUCCUCGAGCAGGACGAGGAGAAGGGCGGCCGCCGCAUCACCCAGUCCGGCCAGCGUGACCUGGACCGUAUCGCCCAGACCACCGCCGAGGCUGAGGACGAGGACGAGGACGAGGAGUAA